UUACAAUUUACACUUCGUCAACGAGUUAUUUAUCGGUAUACCAUUGUUCCAUUUCCGAAUAAUCUUGCAAUUUACUCUUCUAAACAGCUUUGAUUUUCAAAUAAAGUAGAAUACGUUUGUCUAACAUUGUUGGGGUAGCAAUGUGAUGGCAAAGAGAGGAUAAAGUGAUCAUACAUCGCAUUGAGUAAUUUUGAGUGAAUUUGUUGAGGAAGUUUUAUCUACGAUUGAAGCGUUGAAGACGACGAAAAUUUGGCUACAUUUCAACGCAAGUUAAAUACAGUUGACGUGCUUUCUUCAGAAUUGAAGAGUCGACAGAAAUCUUGUUGUUCCUGGAAUUCAUACACUUUCGCUAUUCACGUUUGGAAAUAUUCACAUACAUUUGACGUUCAUUCAAAAAUACCUGUCGUUCAUUAAAAUCACGGAAUAUAUUUUAUCUGUUUAUAAUCGAGUGUUACAGGGGACUUAUUGCGACCGCGGAGAUUGAAACAUUUUCCAAGCAAAGUAAAUAGACGCGAUAUUUGCAUUCAAAAGCAUUUUUACAAUAGCGAAAUUUUUUAUAUUAAAAUAUGGAAAUCCCGGACGUCCACAUUCUAGUACAGUCAGUCGCGAAUAAACAGAGAGAAAACAAACGAAAACGUGAUCCUGACAUGUAUCUUGAUGCAGUGUUAGAAUGCACCGUUAGAAAAUUGAAUCGCGAACGAAUGGAACGCGACGAAGUAUUAAGAAAAAGAAGGAAAAUUGAACAAAAAGAUGCAGAAUGUCAUACCUUCAACAACGAAAAUGCUUUGUCAUUAAAUAGUUCGACAAAGUGCGCUGCGAGAACUGUAACGAACGACUCGACAAUCACGGAAAAUUCUCCUGCUAGUUUAUCCGAUUUGGAUGAAGAAUUUUCUAGCGAGUUAAAGGAGCUUUUAGAUGAAUUAUCGCGAGAGUUUCCGGGUGAUUUUUGGUUGUCUGAUUCUAAUGACAACGAGUUCGAAAAUGCAGAUAGUGACGGUGGUGAUGUCUGGCUGUCCGGUUUAGUUGAAGUACUUUGUUCUACUUGAUAAAAUUUUAUUAUUUAAAGAAAUUUGUAAGUGAAAUGUUAAUUUAUUUUAUGUAUAAAGCCGUAUUUAUUUUUAUUUCCAUUGAUGCUUAUAAUUGUAGCGGAACGUAUGAGUAACUCUUUGUAAGAUUUUAUGAGCGUUUAAUCUUUGUCGAUUAAAUGAAAUUCGUAUUGUA